UUUGGAAACAGAGCUAUUUUCCCUUGUGCUUGUGAAAAAAAGUAAUGUAUUUCGGUAGAUUUGUUUCUGAGCUUUAUCUCUUUUUCUUUUAUGAUGGAUAGGGAAAAGAAAAAAGCAGAUAUCUCUGAAAAGGAAAAGAUAAUGCAGCAAGUUGGUCUAGUCGAAGCACCUGCCAGAGAUUGCCAGCCGUUUCUUCGACGAUCACGUUCGACUCAGAAGUGCAAAAUGAAAAGGAAUAGCAGAAAUAAAUGGAAAAACAGAAGGUAUCUAGACGUACAAUGCAGCACGCAGCAAUAACAACAGCAUUUGCAGACCGAAGUAGCAUACAAGCAAGGAACAAAGCCACGGUCGCCUUUGGUUAAAGAUACAAAUUAAAGCAGACAAAUAGCCGAAAGACAUCCAUGUGUUUGCAGCACAGAUUGCAUGUCAAGUACUUAGCUGUUAGCUCAGCUCAGCUCCAGGGCUUUCUAUCCUCAUCUUGCAGAACGCAAUCAUCCACUCAUCUCCAGAGCUUCCACGCAAGGCACUUGGCUUACUCGACCGCCACCUUCAGAUUUGAUACUCAGACAGAUCAUGGAUAAAGCACCGUAUUCUGAUUGCACCCCCGCUGCGUUGGCAAACUUCGAUAAGUUCAUGGGACGGCAGAUGUUGCAAGUGAAUGCUCUCCUGGUGGAGAAAACCAUCCUGAUGGGAAUCAUGGUCGGGAUAGGCGCCUACGGCCAUCGCUACCGUCACCAUCCAUUGACCCGCUACCUCUUCCUCGGUGCCACCAUAUUGUUCUUGCCCAUCAUCUCCUAUAUUGCCUCUGUCACUGAUGUUCAGUAUAUCGUCGUUGUUCUGGCUCCUUAUAAUAUCAUAGCCACAGGGAAUUGUGAUCCAAGUAUUCAUCCCGGCCUGGUCUUAGUAUGGAUUUCCUUUGUUAUGAUUGUUGGCAUCAAUACAACCACAAUAGUUGCCGCCCAUGCUAGAGAAGGUCGAAGCAUUGCGCCCCCUGCAGUACUGAUGGUGCAAGCAAUAUGGACUACCUACCUUGGGGUCAACAUCAUGCAAGGUCCAAAUCGAAGUUUGUCAUCCCUAGAAGAUAUAAAACAAUAUGUCACCUUGGCGUCUGUUCUUGCCAUUUUUGCACCAUUUGCUCUUAUCAUUGCCAAAAUAUUUGUCAAGUAUUAUGCAUGGUACGGUGCAAGACAAUCCUUUGCGUUUGGACACAAUCCUCGUCUUAUUGUUGGAUUCAUGGAGCAGCUACCAGAUAGAAGUCAGCAUGCCGAGGAAGUCAUUGAAAAUAUGCUGCCUCCUCUUAUAGUCACAGGAGAGGACACAUUGUUGGUAGAGAAGAACCCUCAUGGUUACACUUUUAGUGGAGGUGAUGGGACAGGGAUGAACAACAAUGGCUUAGUGACCAUUCACAAAGUCUGGGAGUCAGAUGACAUCUUUCACAAGUCAACGGCACAACUCAAGGAUCUAUGUUUUUCAUUUGCAUUGUUCAAGCUGCUAAGGUGUCGUUUCGCAAAAGACACCGCCACUGAAACUGUCUUCAUGAAGGCCCGCAACUUCUUAUGGCAUCUGCUGGCCGAGGAUAGGGAUGGUGGAUGGGUACUUGGGUUGAUUGCAUAUGAGCUUUCCUUUCUACAUGACUAUUAUUAUUCCUCCCUUCCAACCUCAUACUCCAAGAGUUGGCUGCCCAUCUUGAGCAUUGGUUAUUGUUUAUUGGCCGCAAUUAUUCUGAAGUAAGUUUACCCUACUAUUGGAGUGACAUGGGUGCACGCCAGAUAAGUUGUCGUGUCCAGUGCAAGUGGGAUCCUAGUGGAGUUGGUUCUGAGAUGCUUUUCGGAAAUUUAUUGUUUGAUUUGUUGCCAUUGUUCUCAUUAGCUGCAUUAGUCGUGCUCUGUGAGGUGAGGGUUAUUGCAUCCUACAUCUGCUCAGACUGGACUAAAGUGGCCUUAAUGUGCCGCUAUGUAAGCCAUGCUUCUUGGCGUGGAUAUCCUACAUUGCGAAAAGGGACUGGCCUAUUAUUACAACACAGAUGCAAGCUAGUGAAGCCUUGGCAGGACAAAAUGAAUCAGUGCUCAGUCCUGGUGCUCAGUCACAGAAAAGCGCCGGUGGCUCUUGUUGAGCGUCUCGUUCCUCUUCCUGAGCCAAAGAAGAACGUCGACACGCCAAGAGAGGUGAAGACUGCCAUUGCCAACACAUUAAGAAGCAGCAUGGGAGACCUCAGAAAUGGCAUGAGAUGUUUGCAACUCGGCGUGCAAGUCGGGGACAACCUCCUCCGGGCAUGAAGCACCAAAGGUACAUCUGACGCCUUACUUUCAUGGCACAUCACCACAAGCAUCUUUGAGGUGAGGCACUCACAAUCAUCACCAGCCUCUGACCACAAGAUUGUUGCCACCCACUUUUCACGCUACUAUGCCUACUUGGUGGCAUAUUGUCCUGAGCUACUUCCCGAUGACUAUGCGUGGAGCAAGAGCCUUUACAAGGCCACCAAGGAAGACGCUGAGCGUGUCCUUGCCGGUCGUGUCGCCAAGUCGACGCCUGAACUAGAAUAUCAGCAGUUGGUUGAGUUGCUGAGUGCAAGGUCGAAGCAUGAGGUGCUCAAGAAUGGUGUAAAGCUUGGCAAACAAAUGGUGAGGUGGAUUGAAGGAGAGGACGAGGGAUGGACGAUUCUGGCUGGAUUUUGGUGUGAGAUGCUCCUGUAUAUUGCUCCGUCAGAUAACCUGGAUGGGCAUGCGGAGGCAAUUGCCCGGGGUGGCGAGCUGAUUACACUCCUGUGGGCACUACUCACCCAUGUUGGGGUUGUCAGUAGGCCUGAGGCCGCCCGUGCCAGUAUUCGUGUUUCUGAUAUUGCUUAAGUACUAGGCCAGUGUUGUUCCAAGCCUAGUCUGUUUUGUGCCGCGUUUCAGUUACUGCCAUUUGAUUUUGUUCUUGAGUGAUUGAUGUAUUUGCCGUUGUAACGAUCUGUGUUGCAUUGCACCUUCUUUGUUAGCUGCUUCUCCGAACAUAUCUUCAUGAUUAGAACAUA